AUUUAUGCUCAUCCAAUAACCCAUGUCCACAAAAUUCCCAUCUUUCUAUGUGCAAAAACUCCUCUCUUUCUAGCUGGGGCUUCGGCUUUUGAUCUCUUCCUCUGGAUCUACUGCCGCUUCUCAACUCUUACACCUCUUCUUCGCUGCCUUUGUCACCCGCGAGUGGCUUUUGACAAGGUGCUGAGGGAUAUUUAUUGAUUAGGAAACAUAGUUAAGUACCAUGUCUGAUCAUGUUACACAAUCCUAUCAUGUUAGUGGCACAAUGGCUGCUGAACCAGUGCAUCGUUGUGAAUCUGUUUGGAUGGCUCAUUGGAUGAGCACCAGCUGUAAGUCGGAAGAAGUCCAUGAUGCCAAGCAGCCCCCCAAGCUUUUUGGGUCAGAGAUAGCAACAGACAUUUAUGCUAAAGGGUUCAGAAAGGUACCCAAAGCGAAGACAGUUGAUACUAUCAGUGAGAGUCUGACAGCGAGUUUGAAAAGAUUAAGGAGUGAGAGUUUAGAUUGCCAGCCCUUUCCUAUGUUUAGUCUUUCUCAAAAGAGAGAGGGGAUUCUGGCUUCAAAGAAUGUCAAAGCCAGUUUUCAUGAGGAAGUACCAAGUUGUCGAAAUGAUUCCAAGUCUGGACAUAAUACUGUUUCUCUCUAUGGAAGCGAGAGCCAUUUACCUGCAAAAUGUGCACAGGCUCCUUCCAAAACAGAUACUCUUGAAUGUUGUUUUCAUCCUGGAGGCAUCUCACCGUACUCGGAGCGGCAGGUAAAAUCUCAUAAACAUCUUGAAACGAACAGCUUACCUGUUUCAACAUCUCUUCAGGAUGAUUUUAUGAGAUCAAGUUUAAAAAUUGUGCCAUAUGGGUCAAACAGCAGCAGGACUCCAUUCCAGUCUUUCAUGUCUAGACAAGAAGAAAGAAAUCAAUCAAACUUCGUUAUGGCAUCCAAAGAACAUGUUCAGAAUAGUAAUUAUUGCCAUUCCCCUUUUUUGGCUCAUGAGAAUAAAACCAGUAACCUAUUAGACUCCAGGGGACUUGGGAAGUCAUUGUUGAUGCAGAAAGAUGCAGCUCUGUUACUACAUCAUCCCUCAACAAGCAGUCAUCGGCAAGCAGAUUUUGUUGGCAAAAAGUGCCUGAAUAUGCAAAAUCAUUCUGGUAUGGAAUUGUUUCCAAGCCAGAGUAGCCAACUAGAGGUGAGCAAGUUAGAAAAAUUACAUCAUGGAUGCUAUUCACUGCCGAGACUGCCAUGUCCAGUUCAUGAUGUGGAGACUAUGAGAAUAUACACCACCGUCGACUCCAUGGAAGGACCAUCUAGAGUUCCUUCCAAGUUCUCCCAAACAACUCGCCAUUUUCUGAUCACGAAAAAGACUGAUGUUGACUUAUCUGAUGGAUGCCAAAUGUGUAAAGAGUCGACAGUAUCAACCAAAUUCAAAGGAAAACCUUUCAGUGAGCUUCUUGGUUUAUCUCCAGAUCUUCAAUUCCAUGUUCAGCAAGGAGUGAAACUGCAACCUCUAGAAAGCUCCGCAGACAGUGACAGAAAAGAAAAUUUCAUAGAUGUAAACGUUUCUGUUGGAUUGCAGAAUGAAUCAUCCGCUGAAACUGAUACUAUGGACAUGGAUGCUUUCCAGGAGAACUAUCCUUCAGGUGUUGCUUCUUCCCCAUCUAAUAAGUACCUCAAGUGGAUGUCACCAACGUCUCAAGCUGCAGAUACUUCAGCUAGAGAAGAAAUGGGGGGCAGACUCCUGAAUAGGGAGUUGUGUGAUAUGAAUCAAUCACUUCCUGAUCUUCCUGCUUUGGCAAGCCCAAUGGGAUGUGGGGAGCCAAGCACAUCAAGAACCCAGAGUUUGGAUGUGGAGCACCUUCUUUCCCAUGCUGAGCUGGCCAUUAUUCCCAAACCCAAUGGGUGUCCUGAUGGCCUUCUGGGACCAGACCCAAGCAGCAGAUGGGUCAAACGCCUCAAGUUGAGUGGUUCAGAUUUUGCUCAUGGUACCAAGAGCUCAAAAAUGGGACAAGCCUCUUCCCACGAAAAAGUCAAUAAGUUCUUCAGCAAAUUUUUGAGAUCUCAUGGUAAAGAACAGAUGGAAGAUCAAAAGCCAAUGUUGUUAAGGAAUGACAAGUCUUCUUCUAUUGAAUCAGUGAAGAAAAGCCAAUGCGUAACGCUCUCACAUCCUUGGAUUCGGAGGUGGUGUCAUAAGCAGACUGCAUCUCCACAAAAGAAUCCUGAAGCAGUGGUGGUGUGUGAGCCACAGAGUUCAAAAGCAGUAGAGUUUCAAAAGAAGCAAUUUCCAAGCAUUGCUGCUAUGGCACUGAUGGGGAAGGCUAUGUGUGGUUUCCAUCCAUGUGAAUUUAGGAAAGGAGGAUCCUUUGUAGUUUGGAAUACCAAAGGGGUCUCGAGAUAACUCUUCCUGAGUAAUAUGUGUUCAUUAUGAGAAGUAAGCAAAGAGACCCAUGGAAUAGUGCGCCCAUUCUAGAUAUUGAAAAGGGAAAGAAAUGCUUUGGCCAUUUAUCACAAUCAAAUCAGAGGGAAGAGACAUGGAAUGUUUUUCUUUUGGGUUAUCUGUGACUUUUCCUUCUCUUAAAGGAGUAGGGUUUUCUUGACUUGCAGUGGGAAUAAUUCCAGAGUAUUUGUUUCUUGAACAUGGCAACUUGGAAGGGAGGAUUUAAAUGGGCAGCCAUAAUUGCUGUCAUAAUAAAUUUGAAAGCAUCUGGCAUGCUGCUGACGCAGACGAAAAUACACAAAGACAGACAAAAUUAUUUGUAUGAUUGUGAUUAUAGAGAUGUAGAGAGCUUGUUAACCCUUUUUAAAGGGUGCUUUUUCUUUGAAAUGUAUUCUGAUGUGAUAUAUGGAUGAAUGUAGUUUUGAGAA